AUGAAGAUCCAAUAUCGAGAUGAGAGCCUCGAGUUUGAGGAUAUUCCAGACGAAACCAUUAGUGAUCUGGCGACGAGAUGCGCCGAGAGGAUUGGCGCCGACGUGGAGCGAGUAUCUCUCUUCUUCCUCCCCAAACCGGGUUUCGUCAAGCAUCCUUUUUCCGACCGCAGACUGAGCGAAUUCCUCACAGCGAGCACGCGAAUAAAGCUAGUCGGCACGCCCAAUACUGAGGUCAAGAAGAUGGAAGACAUGGGUGCGGCAAGGCGAAGAGUGUCGCGCCCGAGCAGCUUCAGACCGGCCAAGGCAAACAAGGUCCGCGAUUUCAAGAAAAUCCAGGAAGAAAGCACCUACACCUUUCACGCCAUCGAGCCUCUACCGUAUUUGCCGAACCCAGAAAAGAGUAGACGGUUUUUGGAGCGACUGGUGAACGAUCCGGGCGUUAAAGCAACGAUGCGCAAGCACAAGUUCAGCGUCGGGCUUCUUACAGAAAUGAAUCCCGCUGAACACACAACCCACGAGUCGAAGACAUUGGGCUUGAACCGCAACCGGGGUGAAGUGAUUGAGCUGAGGUUGCGGACGGAUGCAUACGAUGGAUACAGAGACUACAAAGUGAUCCGCAAAACUCUUUGUCACGAACUGUCGCACAACGUCUGGGGAGAGCACGACCAGAAUUUCUGGGACCUCACCAAACAAAUCGAGCAGGAGGUGGAGCGCAAUGACACAAUGCAUGGCGGACAUCGGUUGUCGAACGAGGAAUUUUACAAUCCCAACGAUACGUACGAGGAUGCUGAGCAUGCGGAUCAUGGGGGCUGGACGGGAGGGAGCUAUGUGUUGGGAGGGUCGCAGGAUGGCGGUGCUGAGAGCGAGAGUGGCCUGAGUCGACGGGAUAUUCUGUUUCGGGCCACAUUGAACCGCUUGCAAAAAGAAAAGGAGGCGAGAGACGGUCAAGACUCGUCUCCGCCACCAUCUUAG